CGCCUCUGGGCGGCGCAGCUGCUCGGCGACCUGGAAGCGGCUCCGGCGAAGACUUCCUGGCGCAGGAAAGGCUGCCAUGGCGCGGCCCCGAAGGUUGUAGCUGGGAGGAGUUGUCGCUUUCGCUGAAGAAGAUGCCGUCCCGAACGAAUUUGGCUGCUUCCAUCCCCAGCAGCAAAGUAAAGUAUUCGAAGCUCGCUUGCACGGAUGAAGGAUACAUUGACCUGCAGUUCAAGAAGAGCCCCCCGAAAGUCCCCUACAAGGCGAUUGCGCUGGCCGUGGUGCUGUUCCUGAUUGGCACCCUCCUCAUCAUCAUUGGCGCACUGCUCCUUGCCGGGUACAUUAGCCAAGGGGGAACCGAUCGUGCAGUUCCUGUCUUGAUCAUCGGAAUCCUGGUUUUCCUUCCGGGCUUCUAUCACUUGAGAAUCGCCUACUUCGCUUCCAAAGGCUACCGGGGCUACUCCUAUGACGACAUCCCGGAUUUCGACGAUUAGAAGGCUCUGAAAGGCCACGGCGUCCGAGAGAUGAAGCCAAAAACAACCCCAAGCUUAAUUUGGAGUGAGGCUCUCUCUUUGGACCACCAAUCCUAGCAGCCGUUAAUACUCCUUAAGGAUUUCUUUGGCAGGGCUCUCAGUUCUUGUUUUCUUCCUGGGCCCCUCCGAGAGGAAAUUAACUGCAUCGUGUAGAGGAAGAGGAGGCCUUGUGAGAACAAGUUUCUGGUUUGAGGGGGGGAAAUUCUUGACAGGUGUGUUUCCACCGAGCAGAAGGAGGAAAAGAAACUCAGGGGUUUACUAGGCGCUUCUACUUUAUGAUUAUUAUUUCACUUCUUCCUCUAGAGCAGAGCCUCGGCCAAGCUGACACCUGGAACCGGGGAUGGAAGGGGAGCGCUCAUUAAAUUGGUCUAGGCCAGAGGUCCCCAAACUUGGCCACUUCAAGACUUGGGGACUUCAACUCCCAGAAUUCCUCCUCCAGUCACGUUAGCUCGGGAGUUCUGGGAGUGGAAGUCCACAAGUCUUAAACUUGCCACGUUGGAAGGCCUUUGCUGGGGCUGAUGGAAUCGCCUCCCCAGAGAGUAAGCCGAGAGUCUGGUGGUAUCCUCAGAUGGAAUUGGGCUGUGAAAUCAGAACCCGGGGCCAGACAAGACUCUGUGAGAAAAUAAUGUGGAGCGCAUUCCAGAGACCUCAAAACGAAACGAAAUGUAAAAAAAAAAUAGGUCGAAUGCAGAGAGAGAAAA